AUGUUUGGUAGAAAAUCGCUAGAAUUAGAUGAAUAAUGUUGUUUGCAUUAUAUUCAUAAUGGCACCUGGGUGAUAGUUUGCAUUUCCAAAAAACCUGAUGUCACUUUAUAUGAAGCCUUUAAUUUUCUUGAAAAGCUUAAAGAGGCCAUAGAUAGUAACUUAGAUUUGUAAGGUCUUGAUUAAUAGAUUGAACCUGAAUAAGCCACUAGGUAUAAGAAGUAUGGCAAAGAAGUCAGCUCAUUUAUCUCUUAAUGGAAUGAUAACCCUAAUAAUCGUGAUAAGACCUACCUAGUGUUCCAGGACCUUUUAAAAGUAAAAGAUGAAAUGCUAUAAAAUCUAAACCUGCUCAACGAUAGAGAUCUUUUGCUAGAUCAAGCUAAUUAAAAAGCCAAAAACCUUGAUAGCAGGGCCAAAUUGCUUUUAAAGAAUACUAAGAAGAUUAAAACUAAAUUCAAGAGGCGCAGAUGUAUUCUUUGGACUUCUCAGAGCAAAUUUUCAAAGCUAUUGUGCUGUUUCCGUCGAGACGACUCUAAUCUAGCAAACAUCUUGAAUAUCAAGACACUUACGUGUGAUAAGUUAUCGCAUUGCUUAUUUGAUUUUGAUUGCGUUGAUUUGAAUGUAUAUGAAAGAGAGACAUAUAAUUACCAAGAAUUCACAUUAAAUGCCCUGGGACAAUAAGAAGAUUAGAACUAGCUCAAGACUACAGAUGAUAUUGCUAUUAUGGUCGAGGGCACAAAGAUUACUAUGGAUAAUUACACUGAGUCUAAUAAUUAUUUAAGCAAUCCUGUUCUUGAUAACUUAGUAAUGAGAGUACUUUAUAAACCUGAGAGUCAAACACUUUGGGGGUUGCAUCAGCCUCAUAUUUAAGAUUUUUUAAGAGAAUAGAAGGAGGAUGAUCUAGACGAUGUGUUUGAUGAAAUGGACGAGGAAAAUGAGGUAGAAAUGAAUAAGACUAUGUGGCUAGUAUUAAGAAAAACCAAACCUCAGAAUUCGACUCUUAGAAAUUUCUUUACUGAGCCAACAUUCCAAUAUAUCAAGCUGAAAGACAUCAUCAAAUUUGGAAGAGUCAAUUUUAAAAUUUCUGCCUUGCAUAGUAAACAACUCAGGCCUGAUAUUUAAGGGCUUGGUCCUACUAAAACAGACAAUGAUGCGAUGAGUUCUCAUUCAGCUAAUGUAGAUAAAAUUUAGAUCUCAUAAGUAUCAAUGAUGAAUAUAACAGAAAUGAAUAUGAUGGAUAACAUUGGAAACUCAUAUAAUAACUACAAUCAAAGUACAUUCCUUCCUGGAAUAAGUAAAGCAGUCAAUGAUGACAAUAACUAGGGGAAUGGACCACCAAUAAAGACCAAGGAUAAAAACCCAACUUAGAGCCAGGCUAGAGUAUGUCGUAUAUGUUUAGGUGAAGAUGAGGAUGAGUAUGGAGAAUUUCUUUGUCCCUGUAACUGCUCUGGAUCAAUGAAAGAUAUACAUAUUAGCUGCUUGAAAGAAUGGCUUAAUGGCAAAAAAUUGGUUUAUCAUGGUGAUCGAGUAAAGAGUUUCUUCUGGAAAGCCCUCGAGUGCGAACUUUGUAAACAGCCUUUUGAAAAUAAGCUGAAAGAUCGAUUGUUCCAAAUCAUGGAUUUUGAGAAACCAGAAACUGACUAUAUGAUAAUGGAAAGUGUUAAAAGUGCCCCCGCAAAAGUUAUUCACGUGUUUUAUCUUAACUAAUCAGACGAGUUCAGAGUGGGCAGAAGUGUUGAUACUGAUAUGAAAAUAGCUGAUAUAAGUGUCUCAAGACUACAUUCCUACAUUAGAAUACUAGGAGAUUAACUUGUGAUUGAAGAUAAUGGAUCCAAAUUUGGAACUUUGAUAAAGAUUAAAGAACCAUACGAAUUGGCAAUAUCUGGAUAACCUAGAAAAUAAUCAAGUCUUUAUCAAAUUGGAAGGACUUUGAUAUAUUUUGGUCUUCAUUAAAAAGGGAGAUCUUAAAAAAAGAAUCAGAAAAGAAUGAACAGGAAAAUUGAUAGUUCAAUUAUGAAUGAAAAUUCGGAGUACAUUAGGACAAUAUCAGGCAGGAGAAUUCCAGUUGAAUUUUAGCGACCCAAUAAAUUACAAAAUAAAAAGUAUAAUAGCAAUAUGAAAUUGCAACUGCCCAAUGAACAAUAACUGAUAAGCAAGAUGUAAACGGGCAGAGUAAAUGAAAAAUAGUAUGAGGAUGCUGAGUCUGAGGAGAGUAAGCAUGCCAUCAAUCAUAUUCAGGAGACUAUAUAUAGGCUGCCAGUAAGUCCUAAGCAAAACAAUCUUUAAGAAUCCAAUCAUUAGAGUAAUGAUGCUGUAAGCUCAAAUGACCAUUAAGGAUAGAAUCUGCAUCAGUCAAUAGUCAGGCGAUAAAUCAACCCGAGGAUAUUUAAUGAUCUAAACCAGCCAGAUUAACAUUAGUUAGAUCAUGAAGAGGAGGAGAACUUGAGAAUAAACGAAAAUAGAAAUACUAGAGUCCACACCAAUAAUCUUAAUCACUAAAAAUACAAGAGCAUAGUACCAGGAAUAAAUUUCAACACUCAAAACAUGCAUUUGAAUAGGAAAAAUGUGGCUAACCAUCAGAGGUAUCGAAGUAUGUAGGACCAAAAGCAUGACAUGACUUCUAAUAUUCAUGAUGAACUAGAAAUGGAUGAUGAUCAAGAUAUCGAAGAAGGAAAGGAUGAUACUCCUGAGCAGUACGAUUUGGAAGUUAUUCAAUUCAAAGAUUCAAUAUCUAAUAAAAGAAUGAGGGCAGGUGAUAUUCUUUCCAAUACCAAAAUGCAUAAAGAUAUGACUGCCAAUAUCCAUGUGAGUAGCUAGAACUUUUUUGAGAGAGAUGAAAAGAGCAUCUUAUCCUUUGUAAGAAGAGACUCAACGCAAGAGUAACUGAUCGAUAUAAACAGCGUGAUGAAGGAAAAUAGUCGAGGUUUUAGAUCUGGAAAUAUUAGAGAUCUGCUCGAUAAUGGAACUGAAUAAGAAAACGCAUAAAGAGCUCAUCAGCAUGCUUUAAAUCGUGUAGUCACAGAUGAUGCCUUUGAUAUCCAAAAUUUGACGAGUCUGCAUAAUCUUAAUCAUGAAGAAUUGACUGUAACAGAAUAAGUAAAGCAGUUUCAGACAAAUUAGUAGUAGUUUCAGGAUAUGAAUAGGCUAUCUUAAUGA